UUGGCAGACGCGAUUAUCGGGGAUGCAAGUCAAAUCUCGGGGCCAAUGUCGUGUAAGGCCGUUGGUUUCGCUGACCUACGAUCUCGCCGGCGUUUCAUGAGCCUCGACAGGGCACGUGCUAACGCGCGAUACCACUGCCGGCGAUCGGCGAUUUACAAUCGCAUGCGUCCGCAUCAACGACGUUACGACGAACACGUUUCAUCUGUACGAUCUAUGCCCGACCGCGGCAAGGACGCCGCUGUUACCCGAUUACAGAUGCGCACUUCGACAACGAUCACAUCCGUACCGUAGUCAUGGUUGAAAUACCAAAGGAUUGUGUCUUGCAGUGGGCUGGCCACGCGGGAUAUAUUACAGAAAGAUUCAGUGGUCUUUUGGCACGUCAGGCUCUAGUCGAUGUCACAUUGAUCUGCGAUGAACAAAAGCUACGUGUUCACAAGCUGGUUUUAGCUUCGAAUAGUAUAUACUUUGAGGAAAUACUACAAGAUUUAGGACAAGAGCCAAUUAUACUUUUAAAAGACUUGGACUUUGAAAUUUUGAAGGCCAUGGUCGAAUUCAUGUAUUGCGGAGAAACUACGAUAUCUCAUCAGCAUUUAUCAUCCUUGCAUACUGCGGCACAAAUUUUUAAAGUUAAAGAAUUGGUAUCUGUGAUCGAUACUAUCGUUGAUUCCAAGAAAAUUUUGGAUAAUUUUGAAAAUUGCCUAAAGCAGGAGAAAGGAGAUAGUAGUUUAAAAAUUACAAACAACUCGCUCACAGAAGAUUACAUCUGUGUUAGAUGUGAUAAAUUAAGCAUGGACGAGAAUACAACAGUCUGUGAAAAUAGCAAUAAUAACGAUAUAAGCACAAAUAAAAGUCAGUUUUUAGAGAACGAUAUGGUUGAAGCCACCGAGCACGAUUUAGAACAUACUUUGUACGAAGACUCGGACGCCAGCAAGAAAGAUGUAGUAGAUACAUCAUUUUCAACGUCUGAUGUAAAUAUAAGUAUACAAAAUGAUGCUACUAUCACUAAUACUGUACUUACGCACGUAGGUAUGAUAAACGAAGUACAAACUAUGUGCACAAACAGCAAUGUGUACUGUCAUAAUCUCGAUUUAAAACCUAUCUUGUAUGAACAAUGCUGUGAUUUUUCUUGCGACGUAAACGAAAGCGAUCAAACCAUUUCUACACUGUCGCAAUCUUGCCUUCCACAAAUCGAGAAUGACUUGGAGCACUGUUCCGGAAGUAGCACAGAUGUUCCUAGCACGGUAGGGAAAUGCGUCAAAGUUUAUACGCCCAAACGACGUAGAUCCAUGGACGAUGUUCGUAAUAAGCUUGUACAUACGCAAUGCAAUUUAGUGCCAACUCCGCCACACUCUACAGAUUCCAUAGAUUUAUUAGAUGAACCGUCCACUAAUGAUGUACCAGUUAAUCUAUUGACCUCCCUAGAUAUGGAAAGCGCCGAAUAUAUUUUAAGCUUAAGUACAGAAAGUAUACAAUCGAUAGUAGGUGGUACUAUAAGUAAUCAACAUACGGUAAUUGGAUACAGAGAAAUAAAUGUGGAACGAGACACCGCUAAGGAGAGAUUAAAUUCUCCAAUAAAUGACACGGAUUGCGUGAAACCGAUUCUAAGACGUAGUAUGCGACUGAGUCAACAAGAGAACGACGAGACUACAAGCAAUGGCUUGGCAUUUUUAGGCAGUUCCUUAGGAACCGAAAAAUCAUUCAAGAAAGGUAAUUCACCCAACAGAACGGAAUCGUGCGCGAGAACGAAACGCAAGGGAAAGGAGGAUCGGAAAGUACCAGAUCAUAGUGUAAUCGCGAGCGCAGUACAAUCUAACAAAAAAAGCUCCAACAGUAAGAAAACUAACUCAAAAUUGAUAGUAAGAAAAAAUAAUAAAUCUACGUAUACAGUUACUGGUAGCAAAGAAAGGGAAGAGUUGAGAUCAAAGGAAGAAUCGAAGCCGAAAGCAAAUAGUAAAUUUAAGACCGAAAAUACAGAAAGAUCGAUGACAGUGGACCAACCCACCACUCAUCAUUCUGUAAAAUCCAAUGUGUGUAAGUGCAUAAGUCGCGCUUUGUGGGGCGACAUGUCUGAUACAUUGGAUUAUUGGGAGAAUGAGAUGGAUCUGCUUGCAUAUCCGUCCAACACUGAAAUUCCCUUUGCUGUCGGUUUGCUACCUUUACGAACUGCUCUGGAGAAGAUGCAAGCAACGCCAGAUUAUCAACCACGCAAAACACGCUCAUCGGUCGCGCCGAUAAAGCAAGAUGCAAGUAAUUCUCUAAAACGAAAAUACUGCACGCCACUCGACGCUGUGGUACCAUCGAAAAAGCAAAAUGGCAAUAGUAAUGACGAAGGCCCGAACACCGUAUGUCACAUAGAAAUACGAACAGCACCUUCACAGUGCAUAAAAAAUCGUAAACGCUUUCUCCCGGAUUCGAUUACGAGCCUGCCAACAAAUGGACCGACAUCACAAAUGGCAAGCAAUAACGUGGGUUAACAUUUAUUUAUAAUAAAACCUUCCGUUAGGUAUACCGUAAUUUUGAAUACAUUGUUAAAUGUCGUUGAAAGACAGCAGCAAAAUAUUAGUAUCAGAUUCUGUUUUUAAGCCUAA